AUGGGAAGUUCUGGUAUAGUAACAGUCUUUUCUUCUCGCAGAUUCCAGGCAUUUGUUUACUUUGCAUCAGUCUUCCAAACCAUCUCUUGUGGCAUCCAUUACUUGGCUUCCGUGUUCAUGGCUGUUACACCCAAGUUUUCCUGUGGGGUUCUUGGGAACAUAAGUCGGAUCCUUGUUUCUAAUUCAUCUAGCCUGAAGAUAGAGGAUGCCUGGGCACUGUUCACACCAGGCAAAGAGGAUUACAUGGUGGUGCAGCUACACAAUGGAGACGUUUGGGAACUUGCUCAGUGUAGCAGGUCCAAAAGGGUGAACCCUUACUUUGAAUACCAGUACGAUGGUAACAAAUCUGACUUUCCCUGCACCGAUGGCUACUUUUAUGACCACAAUAAGUGGAAGAGCACCGUGGUAACCGAAUGGGAUCUGGUCUGUCACCGGGAAUGGUUUGCAAAAUCAAUCCAGCCUACUUUCAUGCUUGGAGUCCUUCUGGGAGCAGUAAUUUUUGGUGAUCUUUCUGACAGGUUAGGAAGGCGGUUUGUGAUGUGGUUCACAAGCAUUGGGCAGUUCUUCCUGGGAGUCGCAGUGGCUUUUACAUUUGAUUAUUACAGUUUCAUAGCCGUACGCUUCCUUCUUGCUAUGAAGCCCUACAGUUUGCUUAAUCUUCCAUUGACAGGUGCCGUGGAACUCCCCGCUUAUGUUUUUGCUUGCAUUGGAAUGGAUAAAGUUGGAAGAAGAAACACUCUGACACCAUUUCUUAUCUCUAGUGCCCUGAUCUGUAUGGUGAUUAUGCUGAUCCCUCAGCACUGCAGUGUUUUGAAUGUUUUGGCAAAUAUGGCAGGAAAAUUUACCAUUGGUGUUGCAUUUGGCCUCAUUUACCUGUAUACAGCAGAGCUGUAUCCAACAUUCAUAAGGUCACUUGCUGUAGGAAGUGGUAGCAUGCUGUGCCGUGUAGGAAGCGUGAUUGCACCUUUCUGUGUUUACCUCACAAGCGUGUGGAUCUUCAUGCCACAGUUGCUUGUUGGUAUUAUGGCCUUUCUGACUGGCGUGUUAACACUGAUGCUCCCAGAAACUCUCGGGAAACCUUUGACUAACACUUGGGAGGAAGCUGAAGACCUAGGAGCCAAGAAAGUUAUUUCUCCUGCCAAAUUGACUCCCUUACUAAAUAAUAUGGAGUCAGAGAAAAUAGAGAUGGUUAAUCAAGGGCCAGCUGGUACUCACGAAUAGGAGUGUUUUAUAUGUUGGCUAUCAUUUGAA